AUGGAGCAAUCAAAGCCUGAUCAGUCAGUCAGAGUGGCGUUUUUAGGACCUGAGGGUACCUAUACGCAUCAGGCUGCCUUGCAAGAGUUCGGUUCUCAACCGCAGGCGCAUUUCGUUUCCACCAAUUCGAUACCUCAAUGUUUCCAACAAUUAGAGAACGACCACACUAUUGACUACUCUGUAGUUCCAUUAGAGAAUUCGACCAAUGGCCAAGUCGUGUUCACUUAUGAUUUGUUGCGAGACAGGAUGAUGGCAGGCUUGAAUGACAGCACUGACAACAAUCGAGUGAUCCCAACCAUAGAAGUUGUCGGAGAGCAAUACGUUUCAAUUGCACAUUGUUUGAUAUCACCAAAUGACAUCAAGCUAGAUGCUUUGCCUAUAUACAAGAAGAUAAGAAUUCACUCACAUCCGCAAGUCUGGGGACAAGUUAGUGGUUACCUCGAACAGUUAAAAAAGAAGUGCCCCAAUACCUUUGUAGAAAGGAUUGAUACAGCCUCCACGUCUGAAGCUGUAAGUAAAGCCCAACUGAGCCCCAAAGAAGACUCUGUCUUAAACCUGGCCAUAGCGAGUGAGACCGCAGCCAAACUCAAUAAGGCAUACAUCAUUGAUCGCGAGAUCAAUGACAUACUGGGAAACACAACGAGGUUUCUCAUUUUUAAGAGACGAAGUCACACUGACACAACACAGCCUGCGAAUUCGAAGAGAGUGGCUUUGAUGACCUUUGCAGUCAAACAGGAUGACCCCGGCGCCCUUGUCGAGGUGCUAACGGUUCUCAAAAACCAUUCUGUUAACAUGUGCUCAAUCAACUCUCGUCCGCUUAACAGCGCUCUACUUGGAAGGAAGUGGCAGUACCUCUUCUUCAUAGAAUACUACAAAACUAAGCCAAAAACCAAUGAGGAAGCAUUUUAUAGUGACAUGUCAAACUCAUGCUCUUCAUGGUGCCUAUGGGGAACCUUUGUCCGUAAUGAACGCUACUAUAAUUGA